AUGGAGGCACUUGGUGGAAUUACAAAUAUUGAUGUUUUACCACAUACUAAUACUGAAUUAUUUUUUAUUUCUAGUUGUUAUACAUCUUCUACAAUUGAUAAAAAUGAUCAUAAUAAUGUUAAAAGUAAUAACUGUAGAAAAGACAUAUCAUAUAAAAACAAUGAUAAUAUAAUAUGCCGUUUUUGUUUUUCUGGUGAUGAAAUGUCCUCAGAAUUGGGUGAUUGGAUAACACCAUGUAAAUGUUCUGGUAGUAUAAAAUUUGUUCAUCGUGGAUGUUUUAAUACAUGGAUGAAUUAUGCUAGUAAUGAUCAAAGAUAUCAAUGCCGAUUAUGUGGUUUUACCUAUAUAAGAAUAUGGAAAUUAAAACCACUAUUUAAUUGGACAUUACCUAAACUGAAUUUGACAUGUUUGGAUAUUAUAACAAUGUUUGGUGAUUUUUAUGCGACAUCAUAUCUAUACGAUGGUUUUUUACGUGUUUUAGAGGGAGAUAGGAGUUUGGUUGUACAAGGAAUAUUUAUUUUAUUGUAUAAAAAUUUUGUCCUAACUCGUAGUAGAAUUGGAUUUUAUAAUACUCUAUUUAGAAAUAUAUGCUUUACAAUUUUUUCAGAAGAAUUUGCAAAUGCAAGAUAA